CGACUAUGUUCAGGGUUCGCCGUGGGUCUGACAGAGUUUACUCAGAAUCAGAAGGAUGGACAGAUAUACGUGGUUCGGUUCCUUCGACAGCCGUCGAGCCACCCUUCAAAUCGCUGAAGAAAUACCAUGGCGGCCCCGGGCUGGGUAACUGACUGGGAGCGUGCUGUAUCCCAAGGGCGGUUCAAUGGCCGUAAUCUGGACGUGAAUUUCUCAAAGUACCACAUGGUCGACAAGCUCUUCAUGGCCGACAAGGCGUUCGACCAGGAGUGCGAGUGGCCGCAGCUGCCGGACCUGCCCUUUCCCCAGAACCACACAGACUCCUUGCACGAACUGUACUGCUGGUUUCGCUACCACAUCGGCAUCCUCACCUACCGCCCCGACCCCGACCGGCACAAGAACCCCACCGCGAUGCGCAAGCCCAACCCGCGGCGCCGCCCUGCAGAGCAGGACGACCGCCUCGAGACGUUCAUCUACUCGCCCUACGCGACGAUCCAGCAGUUCCUCUCCUGUGACUGGUACAACAUCGGGCACGCGUGGCUGAAACGCUGGUGCCGCGACGUGGGGUACUUUAUCGGCUUCUACGUCGAUUUCCUUCUCAGGAUCAAGUUCCACUACGACGAGGACAUGCUGGGCGAGCUCCUGGCUACGAAGGAGCUCCUGGAAUUGGCGAAAAUCGAGCUACCCCAGACGCAUAUCACGUCCCUCGCCCUCUCCUACUCAUUCGCACGGGGAUGCAGAGAGCUCUACUCCCCAAUUUUGUUCCACGGCUUCGUCCGCCCGGAAGUAGAGCAGUUCGUAUCGGAACUAGACCCCCAGGACCUGCAGGUAGCCUUAUCCGACCUGCACGAUGAGGACGAGGACACCUGGCCAUGGAUCCCCGACGUCGACCCCGCGAGCUGGCUCAAGCCCGACCCGAACGAGGCAACCCUGCUCGCCCUCCUCGGGCCCACGCGCCUUCCGCUCACACAUCACGUCGGCAUGGUCGAGACGAGCACCAGACGCAUCCUGCGCGUGGUGCCGCCAAGCGCUGCAGGCCCAAGGAGAAACCAUGCAGAUGCUGCUUCUGCUAUCGAGGAGGAACUGGAUGUUAGGUUAGGCAAGGUAAUACUCGCCCCGUGGGGCCUGCCCAGCCCCGACGCGGAGGGGCUCUCGGAUAUCCUGGUGCCGACAGUUGAGGCAUGGGCGAAUGUCGAGUGUCAUGAACCCCUUACAAAGAACAUCACUGUUCUCGUGGACCCUGCCAUAUUGGAUCAGUUCAUUUUCGGUAUGGGCGUCUCUGCGACUUUCGCGCAGAUCGUCCCUCGCCGCAGAAAUACCGCCCCCGGGGAGGGGUAUUGGUUCGUUGAGCAUCUGGUCAAUGUUCUGCCUAGUUUCUACAUCGACCCCCGAUGUCCGCAAUCUUGA